ACAUAUUUGAGAUUUGACAUCUGAUUUCUUAACCUUUUUAUUAUAUUUGUGUUUAUUGUUAUUUUAGUCAAUGUUAGAUAAGUAUAACAUCAAAAAUGUUUAAGAGUAUUCUUUCUCGUACUUAUAAUACAAUUAGGAAAAGUACAAAACUAACACCUAGUCUAAUACAAAGCCAAAAUGUAAAUAGAAGAAACCUUUAUUGUGGUACUUGUUUACAAAAUCCCAGAAAUUCUAAAUCCAAUAAUCAACCAUCACCUGCAAUAUCUAAUAAAUAUGAAGUUAUAACGGAAGCAAACUCAGUAGUUAUAGAAAAUACUGCAGAGGAAAUUUAUGGAGAAACCAAAUAUCCCAUAAUUAGUGAUGAAUUUGAUGGAAUUAAUUUAGAAAGAGGUACAAAUGGCGUGUAUGAGAUUGAAGACUUAGUGGAAUUAUUGCAAAGAGAAAAUUCUAAAGAUAUAUUUGUGGCAACUGUACCGGAAGAUAUACAUUAUGUACAGUAUAUUUGUGUAGUAAGUGCCAGAAGCAAAAGGCAUAUCUUAGCACUCGCUGAAUUUAUAAGAAAAGUGUAUAAAAAAAAGUGUUUUAAAAGCGAUCACAUACCACGCAUUGAAGGGAAAGACUCCGAUGAAUGGGUAGCCUUGGAUUUAGGUAAUAUAGCCUUGCAUAUAUUUUCUGAGAAGACUAGGAAGAUAUAUGAUUUGGAGACAUUGUGGUCAGUGGGAGCUGAAUAUGACGAAAACAUCACAAAGAGUAGUGAAGUCGUUGAUCUACUAGAAAAUUAUAGUUCAUAUCUAAAAGAUCUUAAACCUUUGUCUUGAGUUAAGUUUCCAAAGAUGUUAGAAUUAUAACUACUAUGUUUACUAAAUAAAAGUAUAAAAACUAAA